CUUUUAUGGCCAUGGGCUUCACUUCCGGUUUCCGGCCGGCUCCCGCCCCAUGUAGCCAUUUUACAUUUCUGAACAAAAAAAAGGGUGAGACAGAAAGGCACACAAGGAAAUAGGGGAAAUUCAGCUGCCAAAAUACUAGUGAUAAUGUGGCGAAAUGCUGGUGUAAUGAUUAAAGUAUGAAAAAAGCGAGCGGGUAAGGAGGAACACCGGCCGCGCCCUGCUUUAGAACAGAAAAGUAAUAGUUAGCCAGCUAGCCGCGGGUAGCGAUCGGAGCUGCCGGACCGAGAGAAUCAAUUCGGGAACAGGAAAGCGAGUAGCGGAGCGGCGGCUGACAUGGCGAGGCCACACUGAGAAGCGCCUUGUGCGAGCGACGAGUGGCGGCAACGUAAAGCCAGGCGGACGGGACGUGUCGUCGGGGUGUGGGAGAGCUGCCAGCCACGGAGCGAACCAUGCCGUCCAGCGCCCGCACCGGGAGCCUGAAGGACCCAGAGGUGGCUGAGCUUUUCUCCAGGGAUGACCCAGAGAAGCUCUUCGUUGACCUGCGGGAGAUUGGGCAUGGCAGCUUUGGGGCCGUCUACUUUGCCCGAGACAUCCGGAACAAUGAGGUGGUUGCCAUCAAGAAGAUGUCAUAUAGCGGCAAGCAGUCCAAUGAGAAAUGGCAGGACAUCAUCAAAGAGGUGAAGUUCCUGCAGAAGCUGCGUCAUCCCAAUACCAUAGAGUACAGGGGGUGCUACCUGAGGGAGCACACGGCCUGGCUGGUGAUGGAGUACUGCCUGGGCUCGGCGUCUGACCUCCUCGAAGUUCACAAGAAGCCUCUACAGGAAGUGGAAAUAGCUGCUAUUACCCAUGGUGCACUGCAGGGCCUGGCAUAUCUGCACUCGCACAACAUGAUUCACAGGGAUGUGAAAGCAGGGAAUAUCUUACUGACAGAACCUGGUCAGGUGAAGCUAGGAGAUUUUGGCUCUGCCUCCAUCGUUGCGCCUGCCAACUCAUUUGUGGGCACCCCCUACUGGAUGGCUCCGGAGGUGAUCCUGGCCAUGGAUGAAGGGCAGUAUGAUGGAAAGGUGGAUGUCUGGUCGCUGGGAAUCACCUGCAUUGAGCUGGCGGAGAGGAAGCCCCCCCUGUUCAAUAUGAAUGCCAUGAGUGCCUUGUACCACAUUGCACAGAACGAAAGCCCCGUGCUGCAGUCCAACCACUGGUCUGACUACUUCAGAAACUUUGUGGACUCCUGUCUGCAGAAGAUUCCCCAAGACAGACCUACCUCUGACGUUCUGCUCAAGCAUCGAUUCCUGUGCAGAGAGCGCCCCCUCUCAGUGGUGUUGGACCUGAUCGCGCGCACAAAGGACGCCGUGCGUGAGCUGGACAACCUGCAGUAUCGGAAGAUGAAGAAAAUCCUGUUCCAGGAGACGCCCAACGGGCCGGCGCCAGAGGGCGGCGAGGAAGAGGAGGAGGCGGAGCCAUACCUGCUGCGGACAGGCACCAUCAACAGCAUGGAGAGCUCGCACUCGGUGCCGUCCAUGUCCAUCAGCGCCAGCUCCCAGAGCAGCUCGGUGAACAGCCUGGCGGACGGCUCGGACGACAGCGGCGAGAUGGCCAUGAUGCAGGAGGGCGAGCACACGGUCACCUCCAACAGCUCCAUCAUCCACCGGCCCACCGGUCACGACAACAUCUACGAUGACCCGUACCAGCCCGAGAUGGACACACAGCAGCAGCAACAGCAGCAGCAGGCGUCGUCUGCGGCUCGCCGACGCGCCUACUACCGGAACCCGGACCACUUUGCCACCAUCCGCACCGCCUCUCUGGUGACACGGCAGAUCCAGGAGCACGAGCAAGGGUCCGCGCUACGGGAGCAGAUGUCGGGCUACAAGCGCAUGCGGCGGCAGCACCAGAAGCAGCUGAUGGCGUUGGAGAACAAGCUGAAGACCGAGAUGGACGAGCACCAGCUGCGGCUGGACAAGGAGCUGGAGACGCAGCGGAGCAGCUUCGCCAUGGAGAGCGACAAACUGGGCAAGAAGCACCAGGCCAUCCUAGAGAAAGAGACAAAGGCUGCACUGGCGGAGGAGAAGAAGUUCCAGCAGCACAUCCUGACCCAGCAAAAGAAGGAACUCUCCACCCUGCUUGACUCCCAGAAGCGGCAGUACAGGCAGCGCAAGGAGCAGCUAAAGGAGGAGCUGAGUGAGAACCAGUCGACCCCGAAGCGGGAGAAGCAGGAGUGGUUGGUUCGGCAGAAGGAGAAUCUGCAGCAGGUGCAGGCGGAGGAGGAGGCAGGGCUGCUGCGCAGACAGAGGCAGUACUACGAGCUGCAGUGCCGACAGUACAAGAGGAAGAUGCUGUUGGCCAGGCACAACCUGGAGCAGGAUCUGCUCAGAGAGGACCUGAACAAGCGUCAGACGCAGAAGGACCUGGAGUGUGCCAUGCUGCUGCGGCACCACGAGUCCACACAGGAGCUGGAGUUCCGGCAACUGGGCCUGGUGCAGCGUACGCGUGCCGAUCUGAUCCGCACGCAGCACCAGACCGAGCUCACCAACCAGAUGGAGUACAACAAGCGGCGCGAGCAGGAGCUUCGGCAGAAGCACGCUGUUGAGGUGCGGCAGCAGCCCAAGAGCCUCAAGUCCAAAGAACUGCAGAUCAAGCGGCAGUUCCAGGACACGUGUAAGAUCCAGACGCGGCAGUACAAGGCGCUGAGGAACCACCUGCUGGAGAGCACGCCCAAGUCGGAGCACAAGGCCGUCCUCAAACGGCUGAAGGAGGAGCAGACGCGCAAGCUGGCCAUCCUGGCCGAGCAGUACGACCACUCCAUCAACGACAUGCUGUCCACACAGGCUGUGAGUAAGUUGCGAUUGGACGAGACACAGGAGGAGGAGUGCCAAGCACUGAGGAUGCAGCUGCAGCAGGAGCUGGAGCUGCUGAACGCCUAUCAGAGCAAGAUCAAGAUGCAGACGGACUCGCAGCAUGAGCGGGAGGUCAAGGAGCUAGAGCAGCGGGUGUCCAUCCGCCGGGCGCUGCUUGAGCAGAGGAUCGAGGAGGAGAUGGUGUCCCUGCAGAACGAACGUUCGGAGCGGAUCCGGUCGCUGCUGGAACGCCAGGCCCGUGAGAUCGAGGCCUUCGACUCGGAGAGCAUGAGGCUGGGCUUCAGCAACAUGGCUCUGAGCAGCAUUCCUGCUGAAGCCUUCAGCCAGGGCUACCCCAACCCGCCCCCGUCCACCUCAGGGGGCUGGCCCUCGCAGCCCGUGCCCCGCUCCAGAAGCCACUGGACCCAUGGCGUGCACCCCCAGAACUCAGGGACGCCGCCUUCUUGGCGGAGCCAGAACAGCUGUAUCGAGGCAGGCGGGGUGGUGGCAUUGUCGACGUCCUCGCACGGGCAGGUGGGCCGUGAUGGGGCUCUCUUCUUGCCGUCCUCUUCCUCCUCGGCAUCCCACCGACACCACCAUCACCUGCCACAGCACCACCAUCACCAGAGCACCCCACACCUGUACCGGGAGAGGGAGCGGGAGUGGGCGGCUGGGAGUGGCCACCUGUCCCAUGGCCACGCCCAUUCUCGACACCUGUCCUCCCACUCUUCCUCCCAGUCCCUGGCGCUUCUGCCACCGCCCCCACCUCCACCCCCCAUAUCUCUGACCUCCUCCCCCCCAUCGUCCUCCUCCUCCUCCUCCUCCCAGGGUGGAGGUUAUGGUGGCAGUGGAGGAGGGGGGCUGGUUGUGAGGGGGCCCAGUUUCAUGGCCCUGAGGAACAGCCCCCAGCCUCUACGGAGGACUGCCUCCGGAAGCGGAGCUGGUGGGGCGGCGGGUGGUGAGGGCGGGCUGAGCCGGAGCACCUCGGUCACCUCCCACAUAUCCAAUGGCUCCCACCUCUCCUACUCAUAGAAGGGGUGCGGGGUGUGGGGUGGGGCGUGGGGCAUCAGGAUGACCUUAGAUCAACACUAUACCGGAAUCUGACAUGGGCUCCGAGUGAAGAGCAGGGGACAUACUUUAGUUACAAUGUUGUUUACAGAGAGGUUGAGAUGGAGGGACUGGUGCUACAUUGAGAGUCUGAGUGAAUAGGGCCUUUAGAGGUGGAAAGAACAGAAAACUAAGAACACAGUGUAAAUACUGACUUUGAGAUGGAUCACACAUGGACUAUUAAUAGUAAUAAUAGUUCAUUUGAACCAGAGACAAGUAAGUAGGAUAGGUAUAGGGAAAGGUUGGGACAAACUUGGAAAAUAAGCUGUUAUUAAAGGGUUUUAACUUUUACAAAUGCUUCACUGCCAUCCAGUGGCUCAAAACAUUCACUACAACUUCCCCACUGCCUUUAAGGUCUCUUAAAGGGAUUGCAUGGAUUGGCGUCGAACUGGCCAAGCAAUAAAAGCAUUCGCAAAAAGGUUGCGAGAAUAUGCUGCUUGGACAGAAACCUGGCCCAUUCCUGCCCACACAAGGCACUGGGCAUGUGUGAAAAUGUGGGAAAAAACCAGCUCCCAUCAUUCCAUAGCAAGCAUACUGAGUAUGUAAAUAUGAUGUGUGUGUAUGGGGCUCACAUUUCAAUGCAUGAAAUUAAUGUACAGACAGCAUUUGUAUACAUAACAGUACAUGUUAUAUAUAUAAAGGUUUAUUGACAGUAAACACUGUUCACUGUCCCACACUUUUGAUUUAUAUUGUACUUGUAUGUAUAUAAAGCACUAACUGAACACUUUUAUAUAGUAAUAAUAAUAAAUUUGAUGUUAUAGUAUUGAAAAAUUUUGGGGGAAAGUUUUUCAGUAAGUAUUACUACUAUUAUUAUUAUUAUUACUACUACUACUGGAGUUAUUGAAACAUUUGUGCACUAAUUCUGUUUUGUUAAUUUUUUAAAAGUUAUUGCCAACGUUGACCACUAGGUGAGGAGUGUGAGAAAUGUUACUGUGAUAGACCUUUUUUAAUUUUUUUUUUGUUUGUUUAAAUAAAGGACUACCUAACCCAGAAUUCCCCACAAAGCCUAAAGGUAGGAUUCUUUUGGACAGUGAAUUGUCAGGGUUGUAGUACAUUAGCGGCAGUAUUAAUUGUGUACAGAACAGUUUAAAAUUUUAGCUGUGUAUAUAUAUUUAUAGAGUACAGUAGUGUCACCAGUGCAAACCAGCAAAUUUUGAGUCAUCUUACUGUACUCAUACAUGUACUGGCUUUUUUGUUAAACACUAAAACAAAGGGGAUGUGGGAUAUAUAUUUUUUCUUUUUGUAUUUUGAGCAGUUACACGAAAUCUCUUCUGUACGCUGCACUGGGGAAAAACUGGACUGAUACGUACAUAUUGUGCCACUAAACACCCAACCAACCGUGUAUUCCUGAAAGAGCAGGGAGAUAUUAUGGGUCAGCCAAAUCAAGCCUGGUGUUCUGUGCCACAAACUGUCGAAUUGCACCCCUGACAUCGCCUCUCUGGGUCUUAGAAUGCAGCGUUCUCAGGCUCUGCUUGUGUGUGUAUCUGAUUACAGUGCUGAAUGGAGGCUGGUGAUGUCUAGCUUAAGGGUUGGAUUGCGGUUCCAGGUUAUGGAUGGAUUUUGAAAGGUUUUCCAUUAUUUUGCAUAAACACUGCAACCAAUGAGACUGCAGCAGCCCUGAAGGCCAGAGGAGAAGGUUUUGCUGCAUGGGCUUAAAGCAGAGGCGACUGACAGCCUUACAGCUAAGUCAUCUGCAGUCACAGGGAAGGGCUUCUUAACAGAAUUCAUUGUACAGAAAUUAAAACAAUUUUAACAAAAAUAAAAGAUUUUAAACAAUA